GGGGCUGUGCCGCACCGAUGGCACCGGGGGGUUCCUCCUGCAUGACGGUGCUGAUGGCUGUGGGGCUGCUGCCACUGUGCAUGGUCCCCACAGAGCUGCUGAAGCUGUGGCAGCCGGAUCCCGUCCUCUUCGUGGAACCUGGGGCUGCAGUGAACAUCACAUGCAUGGCAGAUGAGAGGAUGGAUGGCGCAGGCAAAGUGCUGUGGUUCCGACACAGCCCUGGAGGGUCGCCCCAACUGCUUCUGAACUGCAUAGAUAGAACGAAGAAUGGAUUCUCCUGUGACUAUCAGAAGCGUUACGCUGUGCUGCACAUCCAGGCUGCUCACCCAAAGGACACCGCUCUGUACCUCUGUGCGAACACCAUCGUCUCCAAGCUGAAGUUUGGCAAUGGCACCGUGCUGCUGGUGGGAGAUAGCUGGAGGACCCACAGCUGGGUGCAGGUUCUGGCCACCCACAGGUCCCCCCAGUCCCCCCUCAGCCCAGUGUGUGCUGUGGGUGCCUCUGGUGGCCCCGUCCUCAUCUCCUGGCUGGGGGGGGACCAUCCCCAGGAGGUUCUGGGGCUGGGAAACAGCACAGAGCUGCUGCUCAGCCCUGGGGUGUCGGGGGGGCUCUGUGAGGUUCGCUUCAAUGCUUCUGGGCCCCACAUCCAGAGGAGCACGGAGCUGCAUGAGGCUGUGGGUGGCUGCCCGCUGCCCAGUGCUGUGGGAAUGGCCGUGGCUGGGACAGUGCUGCUGCUGCUCAGCCUCUGCCUCAGCGCCCGCUGCCCCCCCAUCACCCCAGCCCAGUGCUGGGGCCACGCUCCUGUCCCAUCAUCAGACCAUCAGCCAACGGUCCCGGAGCCUCCAGGACCACAGGGAGAGCUGCUGUACGCACACCUCACCCUAUCCGGGCCCACGCCGCCAUGACACCACGAGGCCCCACAGCCAACGCCACCUCCGUGCCGGGCCUUCCCCGACCGCUUUGCCCAAAGAUAAAGAAAUAAAAGCUACGAAAACA